UGCUGGAGGAGGCGGCGGCGGCGGCGGCGCCCGGCCAGGGUUGCCACGGCAACCACCUAGGCAGCCCCUUGGCCUGCUGGGAGUGCGGCUGAGCAGUGAGCAUGCCCGAGGUGGAGGCGGCGGCGGCGGAGGCAAGAGUGCCGGAGGGAGGCAUCGCCAUGCAGCAGGGCAGCUGAGCGGGCGGCGGGGCAGAGUCCCGGCAGAGGUGCGGCCGGAGGCGGGCGCCCCGGAGGCCAGCCCGCAGCGCGGCCAGCAGCCGCCUCCUCCUCCUGCGGGGCCCCCGCCACGCCGUGCCAGGCAGGCAGCCCCGACGCCGCCGCCGCCUGGCACCUGCCCGGCGAUGCCCGCCCGCCGCCGGAGCGCCCGGUGCGGGGUGCGGCGGUGCCCGGCUUAGCGGAGGGCGGCCCCAGCGGCAUGUCCGGGGAGAGCGAGGAGACCACCCGCCUCCGCAAGCCGCGCUUCUCCUACGAGGAGAACCAGAUCCUGAUCCACGAGGUGCGGGCCCACUACGCCAAGCUGUACGGCCCCCAGAGCCGGCGGGUGACGGUGGCCGAGCGGCGGCGCGUCUGGGAGGGCAUCGCGGCCAAGAUCAACGGCAUCACCAGCUGGAAGCGGACCGGCCAGGAGGUGCAGAAGCGCUGGAAUGACUUCAAGCGGCGCACCAAGGAGAAGCUGGCCAGGGUGCCCCACUCCACCCAGGGGGGGCCCGGCGGCGGCGGCGGCGGCAGUGGCAGUGGCAGCGGGGGCCCCGCCUGCUGCGUCGAGGAGGCCUUCUCGGCCGAGGAGGAGACCCUCUUCGCCAUCCUGGGGCCCGGCGUGGUGAUGGGCGGCGGCGGGGCAGAGCCCGGCAGCAGAGCCCUGCAGCACGGCCCGGGCUUCGCCCACAGCUUCCGCCUGGCGGCUGAGCACGGCGGCACAGAUCUGCCUGCCAGAGGCCACAGCUCCUGCAGCCCAGAGACUUCUGCCCGAGCUUCUUGCUGCGGUCUGGACGGCGGGUUGCUGCGGCCCAAGGAACGCGACUCACCGGCGCCCCCUCCCGCCCAGCCCACUUCGCUGCAGAUCGUCCAGCUGGCUCCGUCUCCGGCCAGCUUAGGCUGCAGGCCGCAGGCCGAACACUCCCCCAUGGAGCAACUGGGCACCCCAUGCCCCUGCACCUCCCCGCCACUCCGGCGCCGGCGGCCCCGCCUAGACCCACCCAUGGAGCCCCCUCUGGAUUUCCUGCAGGCCCAGAGGGAGACGGCCGAAGCCAUCCGCGAGCUGACCUACACCCUGCGGCAAAGCCUUGAGCGGCUGACUGGCGUGGUGGCAGCUCUGUUGCCGUUGCUGCCGGCUCCACCAGACGCCCCUUUGCAUCAAGAGGGGGAAGCCCCAGUGGCAGCCCCUUCUGCAGAGACCCCGCCCCCCAGCAACACCUUUGCCGCUAAGGUGGAGCCGUCCCUGGAACAGGGAGGGGCCGAGGAGAGGCCUCCGCAGGAGGAGAGCAGGCCUGUGUUCGAAUCUGGGCAGGCCUCCAGCCAAGUUCUCCCGCCCCAGAAGCGGAGGAAAGGUAUCCCCACUCGGAAACGCAAGGGGCGCUGGAAGAACGCAUGAGUGCUUCGGAAGGCCUGCUGCUGCCCCCUGUGGAAAGAAAGGGGAAGUGCACACCUUGGCGGGGGGGGGAGGGGGCAGGGUCUUAAUGACUUUCUACCUGCUCACCCCAUAACCAAGAGCCCCAGCGCCACCCCAUGGAGAAUGCAAGAUUGUACCCUGCACAGUGCACAGUCCCAUUGACACCUGCUGCUACAAUGGGUCUUCAGGCCUGCACAGCUACCGAGCCAAAUGCAGCCCACAAACCAUGUGCUUUGGGCUGCUGCGGGGCGGAAAACCCACCCUUGUUUCUGCAGUCCUAGCCAGACCCCCAGCUGUGGCUGGAGGGCUGGGUCUGGCUUGGCGGAUCCCAUGCUGUGCAGGCACGCGUUGAAUGGAGGGCUGAAAGCCAGCUGGAAAAGCUCAGUGAGGAGCCAGAGAGAGAAGAGGCAAUGCAAACGGACAGGCACACCACCCCCACACACCCCUAGUUCUGGCAGUACCCCCCUUUCCAUCCCAUCACACCUCCUCCACCCAUCCACACUGGAUCCUGGGGAGCAUGGGGUAACUGGGUCGACUUCCAGUCCCAUACAGAUGCCCUCAAAUACUUGCUCUUUUGCUCUGUCCUGGCCCCGUCCAGCGCCUGCUCAGUUCAGUAGCAGCUCCUGGCAGCCACACACAGAGGGGCAGCAGUAAUUGCCCCACUGCUGCCAGAGGACCCACACAGGUGGCCACUGCUGCCUCGGAUGACUCUCGCCGAAACAACCCAGGGAUGGCCUGGACUCCUCGAAACCCCGUCCCGAUUGAAACUCAAUAAACUAUUUUCAUACUAGA